AUGGAACAAAAAUUUGUGGUGUUAACCACUCAGAGCGGCAGGCUUCAGGCUAACCCCUUGCAAAAAUUCAACAAAAAGGUUGAUAUUGUUGCUAACCCCAGCACUUUUGACAAAGACCAGGCUAAAUUUGCUGAAUGGUGGAUUAAGCUCCAGAUUUGGGGGUGCUAUACUUCUGGUUUCUGGCCAAGCUGGGACAACCUCAAGGCAAAGGUUGAAAAAUAUUUCAAGCCACAAACUGAGCGUGACUGGGCACACCAGCAAAUCUGUUCCUUCAGACAAGGACACAUAAGGACAGACAACUUUGUUACUCGGUUCCUGGCCCUCUUAAUCCAAAGGAGCCUUGGAAAUGAACACACAGUAGAGUUGUUGGAACAAAAUAUGGCACCAGCCAUCGCCCAACAGCUCUACAUACAGGGCAGAAGGGAGGACAACCUGUCAGAAGCAGCAGAAGCAGUCCAAGACAUUGGCAAAGCUCAGGAGCUCCACUAA